AUGCGCCAGCGAGCCAUCAAAAUGCAUCUACCCAGAGACGGCCUACCACUGGGCUACCUUAAUCAACUCGAGCAAAGACUGCAAGAAACCGAGUCCGCGCUCUACGGAGCCCUAACAACUCUCCGCGCACUAGGCCAAACAACAUCUCCACUCCCCAAACCAGACCAACCACCCAAACAUAAAUCCGCCCGAAUGGCAGAAUGGUCCGGUCUCCCUCUCCGCAACUGGAAAGACAUGGAGCACUGGGCGAGCGCCAUGUCCGACCAGUUCGCUACCGAGGAGAGUGGGAGCUUGGGUUACGCAAUUCCGAUGCCGGUCACGCCGUGUGAAACGCGCCCGCCUGAGGAGCCGCACCGUGCAUGGCGCGGGGAUGGUAGCGGGAGUCCGUAUGAGAGUCAGCCGGUACAGGUGCAAGCUAUGGCGUCGCCUUAUUUUGCGGUUGAUGAGGUCAUUGCUUCGCCUGUGAUGCGGGUUGGUGAGGCCGCUGAUGUUGGGGUUUCGGUUGAUGCCGUGAAGAGAUCCACUCGUGCUGAGGAGCUGUCACAUAGGAAUCCGAGUCUUUAUUUUUGA